CAACUAGGUGAUUGGGAGUACAACAUGGAUGAAAUACCAGAACUACCUUUUAAUGGAUCAGCCACUGCCAGUGUAUAUUAAAAUAAUGGGAUUGGAGAAAAAUACUCAAUAUAAUCUUCGAAUCAUUGGCUGCUAUGACGAUCAGCCAAAUUUAUUAGACGUGAUUGAUGAUAGAAUUAUCAUCCAUGGACCAUUUACAACUAGCUGUAAAAGUAAUCUAUUCCUAAAAGACUUUCGAGUCACUCAACAAGAAAACGGGGUGUUGGUGCAAUGGGAUAUAGAUAACACUGACUCUUUAAAUGAUUUUAAAUAUUUAUUAAGAUGGAGUAACCAUUCCAAAGCUUGUCCAGCGAACCUAACAUCUAACAAACCAUGUUGUUAUCAAUAUGUUGAAGCUACACAAUAUAGUGUGGAAAUUAGCACGGAAUCAUAUUCGAAAUAUAUAAUGAGCAUUGCCAUUAUUAGAGAAGAUACAAAAUUGCAAGAAUUAUUCCAAGCAUUCGAAACUAGUUGGAGAGAUGCUACUAUAAAUGACAAAGAAAAACAGCUCGCAAUAGCAAAUACACUAGUAGACGCUUCAAGCAUAUACUUAACAUUUAAUAACAUGGAUUGUGAAAAAAUUAAGGGACCAAUAUUUUUAAAUGUUCAAGCAUCUGCUUCAAAAUCAGAAUCAAUAGCCUGUUGUAACAGCAUUCCUUUGAAACCGUCCUCCAAGAUACAAUUUCCGACCAGAAAUAACACUCUGAUGAUUGAAAACCUGAGUUCAUUUUGCAAUUACGAUGUCAAUAUCUUCAUGUCGAGACAUGAUAAUUACUGGGACAAUAAAGUGAUUGGGAACGGAUUUAGUGCGUCGACAGCAGGAACAGGUGAAACUAUAAUAAUUGCUUAAAUUAAAUCCACUCUUCUCCAUUACCUUUUUUUUUUCCCGCAAUCAUUAUGGGAAAGGUUUUUUCCUCCAUCAUCACCCUUCAACGUCAGUUUUAAGAAAUUUCUUCUUUCAAAUUUUCUGUUUCAGCUGUUGAAAAUGUUUAUGUUCU